ACUUUAUCGAUAUCGCGCGAAUACCGGUCCGCCCUUCUUCACUGUGCUGACGAAAUUGGAGGGGACUAUGAAAAUGUGUACAUGCGUGACUUCACCAUUUGGACGCUGUUUGAAACGAUGUUUUUCAAGCAGGGAGACACGCCAAUCUGCCUUGAUCUCAUCUCAUGGGGCUUGGAAUCGUUUACAUUCAUAGAUAAACUUGUGCAGAAAGCAUUUAAGGAAUUGGACGAAGGGGUGGAGAUAGGUGGAGGAAGUUAUUGGAGAACGGUAUGCAUGACGCUAAUAGGAUGCCGUUUCGAUACUUGUAUCGACUUUUUAAGCCUCUUGAAAGGAGAUGCAGCAGCUGAAAGAUUUAUUAACAUAUUAAGCAGUUUGGAUUGGAAUUGGUUGACUGAUGAAGGGAAGAUACCGAAACUGGAUAGAUGGAAGCAUGAAUUAGCAUCUUCUCUUGCUUCGGGUGCAUUCAGUAACAAUCGCAACAUUCUCUUCCUGGCUCAAUUAUUGAAUGGUGAUAAAAAGGCAUAG